AUGGCGACUUCAGGAGACUCAGCCUCUGUGCCAGUGCCAGUGCCAGAGACAUAUGAUACCCUCUUCACAGCCACUGCUGACGGACAGCGGAGCUACGACUCCCUCCGUCCAACCGAAGCCGAAUGCACAGCUCUGCUCACCCACCCGUUCGCGCAGACCGUGCUUGGACACGAUAUAACGACGGAAGGGGAAUCGAUCAUAUCGAGUGUGACCAGAGGCGAGAAAUCGUUCACCUCAUUAAUAUCUCACAAUAUAUCAUCCAUCCUCGCGGCAUCAACGGACUUGUCACGCGAUCGGUCCAGGUUGAUACAUCUGGGUCAUGCGGCGCUGUGUGCUUUUCUACAGGCCAACGUCACUGGACCGCCAUUAUCAUUUCGAGCUCAUGAAGUGGUUAUACCGUCGACGCUGCGAGAGAGUCCCCAAACACUACGGAAGGUGCGGGAUGAGGUAAUAAGGGAGUUAUCCGUCAAUGGCGAGGCGGUGUAUAAGCUUACGCCUAACGUGGAGCUGUUUGCUGCUGCGAAGGCGAUAUUCACGAAUGAUAGGGUAGUGGGCGACAGCAAUGGGGAGGGCGCGCUGGUUGGACUAACGGGGAGGAUGAGGGUGAAUUUCCUGCACCAGAAAAUGUUGAACGAGAGUGCCGAUUCGCUUCAGGGCAGUAUAUACGAUGACGUGGACGCCAUUGGUGCUAUUGUUCUAUCUGAUACACCCGGCCAGGAGAGCAAUCAUGAUCAGCUGAAGGAGAGACGGGCUGAGAAGGUACGGUUCAUGCUUGAGCGUGCCGUGAUACAUACGCACCAUGGUUUCGAUAGCAAGGCCAGAGCAGAUCUCUUGAAAGCAGCUAGCACGAACGGAUUUGAAUUUGCGUUGACGGGCAAGCUGGGGAGGAGGACGAAGUUCCAGGACAGAGACAUCAGCCAGCUAGUUGUCCUGGCAAAGAGUGCUAGUGAUGGCGAUGAGAAAGACAAUGUCCCCGACAGCAAGGUGGACGUGGAGCCAAAGAAUCUAGAUCUCAAUGAUGAUACUCUUCUUGAGUCGAUUGCGUUUAAAAAGGAUGAAGGCGAAGAUGGGUUUAAGCAGGUGUCUGUCCAGGAUCAGUCGUCCCUGCCUGCCAGUCUGGCGAAGCUCGAUGCUGCAAACCAACCACGCCUGAACCCACUGGAUUCCAUUAUGCUGCUCUCUCUUGCAUCCGCCAUUACAAAUACGUCGCCAGAGGAUGGAUUAACUCGCGAAGAGACCAUCCCCUACGCCAUUCGUGUUCUCGAAGGCGGCAGUUCCAACUGGCAGGUCUACUCGCAGGCCCUCCUCGUUCGUAGCAGGAUUGAAGGAUACCGCUCGCGAACAGUUGAGCGUUCCGUCCUACAGCUACAAGCUCUCGUCGACCAGGUUAUUGCAGAUACAGCAAGUGAUACCCCUACCACCGCGUCAGAAGCAGACACCGCAGCCGUAGAGCAGCCGACUACAUUCCUCCCUCGACCUGAAGCUUCCGAAUCAGCGCCCGCUGCGGAGCGACUCGAGUACCUCUGGCUUCUCAACUUCUCUACAAGAUGGCAUCUCGAGUCUGAGCUCGCGCAGCGGUGGGUUAGCCUGGGUGCUCUGCGUACUGCGCUGGAUAUCUAUGAGAGACUACAGAUGUGGGCGGAGGCAGCCCUAUGUUAUGCGGCGACCGAUCGAGAAGAGACAGCAAAAAUGAUCGUCAGGAAGCAGCUUUAUGAACGCACCAAACCGGCUACAAGUGCUGAUGAAGAUCAUAACGAUACGUUUGAAGGUCCUGAGCUCUCCCCGCUACCGUCAGACGCACCACGGCUGUUCUGUAUACUAGGAGAUAUCGACCAUGACGCAGCAAUGUACGAGCGUGCCUGGGUAGUAUCUAAUAAGAGAUACGCACGAGCGCAACGAUCUCUUGCCAGGCUGUAUAUGCAAGAGAAGCCACCGAACUUCAUAAAGGCAGAACAAGCAUACAAGCUUAGUCUAACGGUGACUCGCCUCAAUCACGCUACGUGGUUUGCGCUGGGCUGCAUCCAGAUUGAAUUAGAGAAGUGGGAAGAGGCCAUUGACUCGUUCACGCGAACCGUUCAGCUAGAGGAAACAGAUGCUGAAGCUUGGAGUAACCUUGCAGUAGCGCUGUUGAAUGCUCCUCCCAGGAGUACCCCGGUCAUCAACGAUAUACCACGAGCCAAGGCACUUGAUGAUGAAGAAGAGGAAGAAAAAAAAAAUGAAAACGCAAACGUUGACGGGGACAAGGUUGACGUCUACAAGCAGAAACGAGACGCUCUAGCUGCUCUUCACCGUGCAGCGCGAUUUAAACACACUAGCCACCGUAUCUGGGAUAAUAUCCUUACAGUGAGCUCAUCGAUCCCGCCUCCUAGCACUCCUUUCCGUGACGUCCUCCUCGCACAAACACGAAUAAUAGAACUUCGUGGAGACAAAGAUGGCGAGAAGUGCAUCGACAUCUCAAUUCUGACUGCCCUGGUAAGAACGCUCACCACACCUCGUGAGGGCAGUAGCAUCUCCGUCAAAUUUGAUCCAUCUGUCAUUCGAACUGGUUCAUUACAUGGUCGACUACUCAGACUGUUCGACGACCACAUAAUACCUCUAAUAACACACUCUCCAGAACUUUGGUUGCUUGUCGCCGAGAUAGAGAAAUGGCGAGGACGCCCUUCCAAGGCCCUUGCUGCGCAUGAAAAGGCAUGGCGUGCAGCAAUCUCAUCAUGUUCACAGGGGGCAUAUCAAAUGGGUGAAGAAUCUAAAUGGAACGAAAUUGUUACUGCUACCGAAACGCUCGUCAGGAAAGGAUACGCUGUUUACGGCGGGAUGGACAAGGAGAUUGAAGAUUCCUCAGAACAAGGCGAAGAGGGUGGAGAGCUGGUCGCUAAAGACUGGAGGUUCAAAUCCAGAAGUGCCGUUAGGGGGAUACUUGGUAAGGGCAAGCAAUUUUGGGAUGGCAAUGAGGGAUGGGUACGAUUGGAUGACCUAUUGAGGGAAGUCAGCGGCUCAUGA